CCCCCAAUUUCAAUUCGAAACCCUAAAAUCCAAAAUUAAAAACACAGCGAGAGAGAGGGAGAGAGAGAGGGAGAGUUCACAAUGGCAUCAAAAGACAUGAAGGGAUUCUACAAGCAAAAGAAGAAGACCACCGCAUCCAAACCUUCGUCUUCCUCAACAACGAAGAAGCCGCGCAAAAGCGCCACCUUGGGCUCCGGCGACCCCCCGCAGACUCCGGCGCUCGUCUCCCACGGAUCCUACGAUCUCGACGAUGAGUACGGGGAGGAGGAGAUGAAGCUGAGGCGGUUCGAUAUGGACAUCAGAUACGGGCCGUGCAUUGGGCUCACGAGGUUGGAGAGAUUGGAGCGGGCCAAGUCUAUGGGUCUGAACCCGCCACAAGAAAUUGAGCAGAUCCUGUUGAGAGCUGGUAAUGAUGGGCCUGGGCUUGAGUGUCUUUGGGAAGGGCGAGUUUAAAUAUCAAUCAAAAUUAUGCUAUAUAUGUGUAAGCAUGUAACUUAAUUAGUUUUUUUUUUUUUUUUGGGUGGGGUGUCACCGUAUCAAGUAGCUACAAUGCUAAGCUUCGAUCGUAUGUAAAAUAAUUUUCUUUUUCCAUGUGGCAAGUAUAUAGAUUGGAUUUAGAGUCUCAAAAACACAUUUAUGGUUUGCUGCA